UAGAACUUCCGGACUUGAUCCAAGCUGAUCCGUUAGUCUCGUUAAAGUACAAGGGAAUAGGUUGCAAAUUAGUAGCAGCUGCCUGUAGUUACCUCGUGAAAAGUUUAAGCUUACACGAUGUCAGUCAGAUCACGCUGGUGGGGGUGGAGGUGGAGGCGAGCCCGCGCCAUAUGUCUGAAGAAGUUGUCCAAGAUUGGCCAUGCCUGGAGGAGCGGUGGGCAUACCAGGAGCACCCAUACCAGGAGCACCAUAGCCUCCUUGCUGUUGCUGUCCAUAAUUAGAGUAACCGUAACCGUACUGCUCUUGCUGUUGAGCUUGAGCCCAUGGAGCAGCAGAAGCCUGCGAAGGGGGAACAUAAGCGCCGUAUUGUUGGUCCUGACCGCCUCGACUCCCUCCAGCAGCCCAAGGAGGCGCGGCCGAGCCUGCACCCUCGCGGUCGUUUCCAGUACGGUUGGCCCAUGGCGCAGAAGCACCAGUAGGACCUCUCUCCCAAGGCUUAAGAUCGCGACCACCCUCUUGCUGGUUGUCGUAACCACCAGGGCCAGCUUCGAUACGAUUCUGACCUCCGGAGCCGCCGAUAGCGCCACCACCAGACAAUUCUUGCAUGAGCGACUCAUAUUCGCGAUCGACAGCAUCGCCACCACCGAUGCGAGCAGGAGGUCGUCCGUUCAAGCCACCAGCAGGAGCACCUCUAUCGUCGUUCCGCCAAUUGGCUCCACGUUGACGGUCAGGGCAAUCACGAGCCAUAUGUCCGGCAUUGCCACAUACGCGACAAAUGAUAUUCGCAGUAAAGUUCCGUUGCUCUGGGCAAUCAUAUUUCCGGUGCCCGAUUUGACCACAAUUCUGACAAGCCUGAUUUUCAUCAUCACGUAGAGUUCCGUUAAGAGCGGCGAGCUCACGCAGCUGAUUCCGCUUAAGUUCAUUCUGACCCUCGGGAAUGGAAGCAGC